GACGUCAAAAUCAUCCGCGCGUUGUUGACGUACUUCAUUGCAGUGGAUUUUCUUCUCGCGUCCAUUUUUCAUUUCCUGUAUAAAAUUAAUUAUUAACAUUCGGCUAUUGGUAGCCUCUGUAUUUAACGACAUGAGCUCCUCCGGGCGCGAAGGACAUUCUUCCGGAAUGCAAAUGUCUACAUCCAGUACAGUCCUCAGCCUUGCGGAAAAGCAAAAAUAUAUUGAAGACUACGAUUUUCCGUAUUGUGAUGAAUCAAGCAAGUACGAAAAAGUUGCUAAAAUCGGUCAAGGAACUUUUGGGGAGGUAUUCAAGGCGCGCGAGAAGAAAUCCAAUAAAAAGUUUGUUGCAAUGAAAAAGGUCUUGAUGGACAACGAGAAGGAAGGUUUUCCUAUCACUGCCCUGCGGGAGAUUCGAAUUCUGCAGCUUCUGAAACACGAAAAUGUUGUUAAUUUAAUUGAGAUUUGCCGGACCAGAGCCACGGCCAAUAAUAGGUAUCGGUCUACAUUCUAUUUGGUGUUUGAUUUCUGUGAACAUGAUCUGGCUGGUCUGCUAUCGAAUAUAAAUGUAAAAUUCAGUCUGGGAGAAAUUAAGAAGGUGAUGCAGCAACUGUUAAACGGAUUGUACUACAUUCACAGCAAUAAGAUCCUGCAUCGAGACAUGAAAGCAGCUAACGUACUUAUCACAAAGAAUGGAGUGCUGAAACUGGCAGAUUUCGGUUUGGCCCGAGCAUUUAGCAUAACGAAAAAUGGUCAAGCGAAUCGCUACACUAAUCGUGUGGUAACACUUUGGUACCGGCCACCGGAACUAUUAUUAGGUGAUCGAAAUUAUGGACCCCCGGUCGAUAUGUGGGGUGCCGGCUGUAUAAUGGCCGAAAUGUGGACUCGAUCUCCGAUAAUGCAAGGAGCCACAGAACAGCAACAGUUAAUUUUUAUUUCACAACUGUGCGGAUCAUUCACGCCGGAAGUUUGGCCUGGCGUAGAAAGUCUCGAGUUGUAUCAGAAAAUGGAACUGCCUCAGGGUCACAAGCGGAAAGUCCGAGAUAGGCUGCGACCCUACGUCAAAGAUCCAAACGGUGUGGAUCUGCUUGACAAGUUAUUGAUUCUCGAUCCAAAAGAACGAAUCGAUGCGGAUUCGGCUCUCAACCAUGACUUUUUCUGGACCGAUCCGAUGCCCUGUGAUCUAAGCAAAAUGUUAUCGCAGCAUACCCAGAGUAUGUUCGAGUACUUGACGCCACCAAGGCGAGCCUGUCAAAUGCGACAGUAUCAACAGCAGAUGGUCAAUACUAUGCAGGCCCGACCGCAGGAUAACAGUUAUCAAGAUAGAGUUUAUUAACGUUAUUGGGUAAUGGAACGACCGUUGCUUCGUUUAUAUUAUUUAAUUUAAACAGUAAUAUCUUUUUUUUCUAAAAUUCUGUACAAUAAAAUGAACUCAAAUAAAAA